AUGAGAGCAUCAUUGGCAUUGAGGAUGGCGUCCAGGACUUAUAAUGAUGCUGUUGCGGCUUUGAACUUGCUGCAAUCAAAUUAUGCUAACAUCAUGGCGGUUAGGGAAUCCGGGAUAAGAAAGAACGAAAUGAGUAUGCUGGAAAUGAAAGAAUGGACGAGAAGAGUUGGUUAUUCUGUCUCUGACUUUAACAAACUGAACGUAGUUCACAUUACCGGUACAAAGGGGAAAGGCUCCACUGCUGCAUUUACAGCGUCUAUCUUCAAUGAAUACAAGAAGCAGUUGCCAAGAGUUGGGCUGUUCACCUCACCACACCUGAGGUCGGUUAGGGAACGUAUACGGAUCAAUGGGGAGCCAAUUUCACAAGAAAAGUUUACCAAGUACUUCUUUGAGUUAUGGGAGAGGUUGGAAAACACUUCUUCCUCCUUGCAAGACUUUCCUCACAUGACACCGGGGAGUAAGCCAGGCUAUUUCAAGUAUUUGACGCUGUUGUCAUUUCACACCUUCAUGCAAGAAGGCUGUAACACUUGUGUGUAUGAAGUUGGGAUUGGUGGUGAAUACGAUAGUACUAAUUUGAUAGAAAAACCAAUUGCUUGUGGAGUUAGUUUACUUGGUAUUGACCACACUUACAUGUUGGGUGACACCAUUGAGGAGAUAGCAUGGAAUAAAGGCGGUAUUUUUAAAAAUCACACACCAGCGUUUACUGUAGCUGGACAGCCAAAGGAAGGAUUGAGGGUUUUGAAGGAGAGAGCUUUGGAACGUGAUACGGAGCUGGCAGAAGUUGCUGAAUUUGAUGUUUUGAAAGACAUUGAACUGGGGAUUGCAGGAGACUUCCAGAGAUCAAAUGCGUCCUUAGCAAUAGCAUUGGCAUCAGAAAGCUUGAAUGCGCUAGGUAUCACGAAUGACACUGUUGAAUUAAAGAAAGGAGCUAAAAUUCCAGAGAAAAUCCUCAAUGGUGUUAAAAACACGAAGUGGGAAGGACGCUGUCAGACAUUGAUUCGUGGGGACAUAACAUGGUUUGUUGAUGGUGCUCAUACAUUUGACAGCAUACAGGCAGCUUCUGGAUGGUAUAAAAGUGUCGCUCAGAAGUCUAACAGAAAAAAAAUUUUGCUGUUUAACCAGCAGAGUAGAGAUGCAAAUGAAUUAUUGCGGUGCUUGGAUAACACUCUUGGAAAUCUGGUGCACUUCGAUGACGCCAUUUUUACCACGAACGUUACAUGGCAAUCAGGUACAUAUAGUGCAGACCUUGUGUCGAUGAAUACGAAUAAAGAGGAGGUUGAUAAACUAAGUGUUCAGAAGGAGCUCUCCAAACAAUGGAACGUUUUGCAAGAUGGGAGUAAUGCCCACGUAGCGACAAGUAUUGAAUGGGCUGUGAAUCUAAUUGAGAAGCUACGCGAUGGAAAGCCGGUAGAUGUCUUCGUGACGGGGUCCCUUCACUUGGUCGGUGGUUUACUUGUUGUACUUGACAGAAAGUAA